UUGUGUGUAAUGCUGAACUGAGUACUUGCACCUGAGUACCUGUGCCUGAGUACCUAAGCAACUGUACCACAGGUCUACUGAGGUACCUCGGAGUCUACCUGUGCCUGAGUACACGUACCCUGAGUACCUGUACCUAGCGCAUUAGCCCAUCUCAUCCUUAUGAAUCUGAGAUACUGUGAGGACUGAUGAGAUUUACAGGGUUGAGAUCUACAGUGAUGAUGGACAGUGUGAAGGUGAGCACUCCACCACAAAGUGCCCCAUACAGUCCAAUGAAUGCCUCACUGAGGGGGAAUGUCCAAUCUGAGUGUGAGGACAGUGGUCAACUCCCGUGGUAUUUAAAAUAAUUUCAAUCUAAGGGUCACAGACCAGUGAUGAGCAGUACCCAGGAACUAGCACAGAGCACCAUUCUGUGUAAACACACACACACACACACACACACAACUACAGGAGACAGGUACACACACACAUUUAUAAUGCUAACAAAGACUUGUAUUACUUGUCUCUCAGGUAUGUUUGUGCGUUCUCUCCUGGGAGUGUGUGUGUGUGUGGCGCUCUGUGUGUCUCAGAAUGCUGACUCUGAGCAACACACUCCUGAGCAGCAGGAUCCCAUCGCACGCAAGCAACCCUAUGUCCAUGUGAACAAUAGGCUGGGUGUCUUUAUAGCUGCUGCAGUGGGAACCAUGACGCUGAUGGGAGUGAUCUACUGCAUCUACAACCAGUUCUACACCAAACACCCGUACACACACACAGAGCUACAGGAGACAGAUUCCUCUGUGGAUAUUAGUGAACUGUCCCCUCCUGUUUUCCAUAGUUGUGGUCAACUGGAGGGAUGGAUGGUGCGAGGGAUGGGGAAAGGAGGAGGAGCGAGUUACGGUUCUCUUUCAGACACUCCCUCUAUCAUCACACUCCCUCCAGCUCUCUCUCCUCCUCCUCUUGCAUCACCCUUCCCCCCGCCUCGUCCAGCUCGCCCUGCCCCUCUCAGAACCAUCUCUGCUCAGGAGCUGCAGAAGAACUUUCUGUGACACGCCCUGUAGUACAGGCUGGGAAUCAAGAGCUCGACCGGUCAGAUAAGAGUGUGUUAAAGGUUACGGUCUGGUCACAGAGCUCGACCGUCAAAUAGAGUGUAAAAUACUGUCUGUCAAUCACAGAGGUCAACCAUUCAAAUCAGUGUGUAGUAAAGCCUGCCUUUUAAUCACAGAGCUUGACUGGUCAUGUUUAAUUACAGUACAAGUUUACUGUUAAUCAUAGAGCUUAGCCAAUCAGAUUAAAGUUUAAUAACAGCCUGCGUGUGUGCGUGUGUGAGUGUGUGUGAGUGUGUCUGUGUGCGUGUGUGAGUGUGUGUGUGUGCGUGUGUGAGUGUGUGAGUGUGUGUGAGUGUGUCUGUGUGCGUGUGUGAGUGUGUCUGUGUGCGUGUGUGAGUGUGUCUGUGUGCGUGUGUGAGUGUGUGUGUGAAUGAGUGUGUCUGUGUGCGUGUGUGUGUGUGUGAGUGUGUCUGUGUGCGUGUGUGUGUGUGUCUGUGCGUGUGUGAG